AGAAGGCCAAAUUAGGGCGCCUAUUGACGAGAAGAGAGAGGGGACGACUUUUGGAAUUCUGUUCGUGACGUCCUUACUCGAUGCUUCACUCCCUGGUCCGCCGCCAUGCCCUCGCCCCAUCGUUCCAACUCCGUCUCUUCUUCUUCUCGACCUGCACUUCCGCCUCCACCUCAGGCCCCACCGCUUCUCCCGAUCCUCACUUCAUGGUCGACUACCUCGUGAACUCAUGCGGGUUCUCUGCGACCGGUGCUUCCAAGGUCUCCUCGUUUCUCCGUCUUCGGUCUACCGAGAAGCCCGACGCUGUUCUUGGAUUCCUCAGAUCUCAGGGCUUUGACGGCGCUGAUCUCAGAAAGAUAAUAACUUUGAGACCGAGAGUGCUCGUCUUGGAUGUUGAAGCGAACCUCGCUCCAAAGUUUAAAUUUUUGCGCGACAUAGGAUUAUCUGAGUCCGACGUCAUCGAUGUCCUUCCGCAGCAUCCCAUUAUUAUGGUCCACAGCCUUCAGAACUCGCUUAUUCCCAAAUUGAAAGUUUGGGAAAGUCUCUUUGGAUCGAGGGAGAUCCUCCUCAAGAAUCUCCGGAAGUGUACUUGGUUUUUGAGCAACAGUAUUGAGAAAGUACGCCCUAACUUGAACUUCUUAAGGGAUGAAUGUGGUAUUCCUGAAGCGCGGAUUUCUCUUGUUUUUAAAAGACAUCCAAGCUUCAUCGUGCAGAACCCAGAUUCGCUCCGGGCUUUGGUGGAUAGAGCUGAGGGGAUGGGAAUUUCCCGGGAGUCUGCGAUGUUCCUCUGGAUCCUUGAUGUGCUGCAGGGGGUCAGCAGGGAAAAAUUUGAGACCCAAGUCAAGCUCAUGAACAGCUUUGGUUGGUCGAACUCAGAUGUCAUUGCUGCAAUCAAGAAAUUCCCACAUUUUUUAUCCCUUUCCACAGAGGUUUUGCAGAGAAAGAUGGAAUUUUUAACCAAGGAUGUUGGAAUGGCACCUUCAAUCAUUGCUAAGAAGCCAGCGUUUCUAGCAUUGAGUUUGGAAAAGAGGUUAAUUCCUCGAUUUCAUGUGAUGGAGAUAUUGAAAUCUGAAGGGUUAUGGACUUCACGAUUCAAGCUACAUAUGGUUUUUGCAUCACCGGGACCAAAAUUUUUGGAGAAGUUUGUUCUCCCUUACAAAGAUAAACUACCCAAACUUCUUGAAGUCUUGUGAGUUGUAGCUUCAGUUUGAGAGGAAUAGCCAGUGGGCUUUUAUUUUGGUAUGUUUUUUUUUGACUGGAUAAGCAACAAUAUCAAACCAAUCUUGUUCUAUUUUCUCA